AUGUGUGAAGUCAUUUUAGAUAAUGCACAAGAAAGUGCCAAGUAUAUCUUUCCUGCGAUUCAAAAAGAAAUAUUGAAUAUUUUUGCUGUUAAAGUUAGAGAGAAAAUUCGCAAAGAUAUUGGAAAUGUCAAGUUUUGCAUUCUUGUUGAUGAAUCAAAGGAUAAUUCAGGUAUAGAACAAAUGGCAGCUGUCGUGUGGUAUGUUGACAAGGAAGGGAAUGUCAAAGAACGUAUCUUUGAUGUACAACGUGUUGAUAAUGUGUGUUUUCUAACUCUGAAUAAUGGAAUUAUGAAUGUUCUUACUCGCUUCGACCUCCAAGUUCAAAAUUUGCGUGGUCAAGGAUAUGAUGGUGCUAACAACGCGUGGGGUGCAACGAAUGGAUUGCAAGCAUUAUUUCUCAAAGAAUGCCCAUAUGCAUAUUAUGUGCAUUGCUUCGCACAUCGACUCCAAUUGGCUCUAGAAAAAGCAGCUAAAAAUUAUGGUCCUUCACCGCUUCAUCCAGGCGCACAAGUAAUUUUCAAUCCGCCCAAGAGGAAGACACGGCAAAAAAAAAUACUUAAUGGUGAUGUAGAGACGGGCAAAGGAGCUAACCAUGUUGGUACUUUACGAGGAGCUUCGGAUACUCGUUGGAUUUCUGAUUAUAAUUCUGCUUGCACCUUGAUACGUUUGUUUGAUCCUACUUGUCUGCUAAUAAAAAAACUUGGAACUUGUGAAUCUAGUGAUGACUAUUCUGUUGGGGAAGCACAAGAUACUGACGAAAAGAUUAAAUCAUUUAAGUUUAUCUUUGUUCUACUCUUAAUGCAUAAGAUAAUGGGAAUCACCGAUACCCUUUGUCAAGGCCUCCAACUGAAAUCACAAGAUAUCGUAAAUGCUAUUAAUUUGGUUUCAACUACCAAAACACUUCUUCAGAGAUUGAGAGAUGAUGUCUGGAAAAAAAAAUUGGAAUCUAUUGAAUUGUUUUGUGAGAAGCAUUGA